AUGGCGCUGAUUUUCUAACAUGGCGCCGAAGUUUAAACAUUGAAGUGUCAAUAACAAGUUGCUAAUACAUGAUGGAGCGGCAAGCUGGUACUGGCAGUGACUCAACUAAUAUAGAGUGGAGAUCAUCGGUGUUGCAUCCACUCAGCAGCACUGUUCAUCAGAAUAGAGCCAAGGCUGUGAAUGGCACAAGCUCUGUAUUACAACUAGGAGAUCUAUCUUCUAUCUUACAUGAAGAUCAGGAAGUAAUGAUAGCAGCUAUAUCACCGACGUCAUCAAAGCAAGCCGAGCUUGGAUUAGCAACAAACGAGAAUGUAGAGGACACUGCAUCUCAACAGGAACUUCAUUUUAUUGCAUUUCGACACAGUGAUGUAGAACUCUCUGAAUGGGCGGAACAUCAAAAUAGCAAGAAGUUGCUCAAUUUCGCAAAAGCCUUACAACCCAGCGAUAGACUAGUGAGCGUAGCUGAUGCCUCGCAGCACCCCACUAUACAACUUUCGCACACGAGCUUUGAUACGACUGCCCAUCAGUUGCUGGACAUGGAGCAGUCUGUCUCCCAGCAUGCAACACUGUAUUUGGAACACCCUACCUUUGAACAGAGUGCACAGCAGUACUAUCACCAUAGCAGUGAACAACUGCCCACUGAGCACUCGAUUGGAGAGCAAGAUGAUGUUCCACAAUCCAUUACUACUCGAUGUGGCAAAGAUUUGCAGCUGUCGGAUCCUCAGCAGGUAUCGGACGUGGAUUUCAAGAACAGUUACAGUGCGAGUUUGACAAACAAUCUUCCUCAUGGAAUUGCUGAAUCAGAAGAGUAUAGAGAUCACAGAUCUGACGAUGCAUCACUCUCGUCUGAGAGCAGUAACGCAGCACGUGCAGAUAUUUAUAAGAGGCAACAAGCAGAUCAAGCUGCCCCUGCUUCAACUCUAGGAGGACCCUCUCUGGAGGAAUCCACGCGAUCACAUGACGACCACGAGCAGACAACACCUGGUAUGUCGGACGGAGAGCCAGAUCGCCGCCGGUCAGUACACUCGCAAAGUGGCGAGACGCUGAAGGUUAAUACGGCCGAAAGGGCGCCACCGGCCAGCCUCGGCGACGACAGCGCAUUUCCCCGCUGCGACGAGAAUGGCGUUUCACGCGCGUCGCCGCGAGCGACCGUAGCGAGCAACGUGUCCGGCUACCACUCCGCCGACCGAUCGAGUCGUCGGUCGGACGCGACGCCGACCGAUAAGCCGAGUGCGGACCUCGCUAAGCCGCACAGCGAACUCGCCGACGCACUUGUGUCUAGGUCGCGCGAGGUUGCCGCAUGGCCGAUGGCGGCCGUGGCAACGCGCAAGCAACCGCCAGAGGGAGCUGCGAUGGAUGGCGACUGGAACAACCACGCGUCGACGAGCGAGGCCUUGGCGGACGAGACGGUUGUGCGGCGCACGCGGCGCCCCCUGUCUGCGGAGUCGUCGUCGUCGUCCGUGGGCACUGUCGACUCUCUGACCGUGCGCGUGGCGCUGCUGCUGGGUGAGGAUGCGUCCGAUCUUGUGGGAAGCAGCAGCAGCCGGACAGGCACGCGCGCGUCACGCAGCGCUGACGACGGCAGUCACGAUGACCGACUGGUCACUGCCCAGCUUCACGACCGCGACGACGGCAGAGUCGCCGCGCCAAGCCGAUCCAUCCGACGGCGAGCGGGGGCGCGCCCGCCGCCACCCACCAGAGGGCGCCUCUAG